CGAACAAGCACCAACACGACACUGCAUUGCACUCGCACCUUACCGUCCCCUAUCCGAGACCGCGUCGAGCCUCUCGAAACUGACCGGACCCGACCCGACCCGACCACUCUGGCGCCAAUUGCCCGGCUCCAAACGAACGAGGAGCAGCGCUCGAAAAAGGCAGCCGGGCCGCGACGGCAAUGAAAUCCCUACGGCGGCUGGGGCUGCUCAGCAGCCGAUCCAUCUUCAGCAAUGUCGCGCCGACGACGACAAUAGGCGGCGUACGCUACGCCGGCACGGAGGCAGCGGCAGCAGCAGCAGCACCGGCGCCAGCUCCAGCAGCACCAACAGCACCAACGCCAACCGCGUCGGCCCCCGUGGGGGUCCCGACACCGGCGACGACACGAGAGCAAAGAUUCAGUAGGCCCGGCUACAGGCCGCGGGCUGUCCCGCCUCCGGGCCACGCCGAGCGCAUCUGGGUUUACAACCACAUCCUCGACAACCUGACUGUCUACUCGCUCACCCAGGAGAUGAAUCCUACAAAAGCCUUCCGUCAAUUCGCCUUUACGGGCAAGAAGCUCGUGCCCUCGAAGCUCCGCAAGGACUACUGGCGCCCGCUGGCCGUGAUCGAGUUCGGCGAGGGCAAGGGCGACGUCGGGCGCAGCGUGUUCCAGAAGCUGCGCGAGCUCAAGAAGCGCCACCUGCUCGAGUGGGAGGACCCGGCGCUGCUGCAGAUGUCCCGGCGCGAGCGCGGCCGGGCGCUCAACGACCAGCGCGGCACCUUCGUCGCCGACCUCGCCGCCGUCCUGGCGGGCCGCGGCAAGGGGAACCUCAUGGUCAAGCCCGCCACCGCGGCGGAGGCGGCGGAGGGGGCCGAUAAGAAGAAGGAGGAGAAGGAGGAGGGGGAGGAAGGGGGGAACGCCCCCGGCGUCGCCAAGGCGCCGGCGUCCAGGCUGCACCAGGCGACGGUGUACUGGGCGAACGAGCAGGACAAGUACUACGCUCGGGAGUGGUCGGAUAACGUCACGCACGUCAUCGGCCUGCCGGAGAAGGGAGUCAAGAAGAAGGCGGCGCAGCAGGCUGCAGCAGAGGAGGGGGAGGAGAAGGAGAAGGAGACUGUUGAGGCUCCCAAGGCAGAGGAGUGAUGAUGGUCUUUUUUGUCUAGAGACACCGGUCUGCGGGACGUCCAAACUGUGGGGAAGAUGGGCGGAAGCGCUCCGUGACUCGUAGAACGCGGCCCCCCCCCCCCCUUUCCCCUCCCGGCACCUGAUGAGCGUCCGUCUCUGCGAGUUUGGAGGAGGGCGCCCGACUGGCCGCGCUGGCUGAGGACUGUAUUUGUAUUGUACACUGUAUAUCGCGCAAAUAGACGGCCCAUUCCACAGCAGCAGGAAA